AUGAAGUACAUUGAUGAGUCUAAGGUUAAAAUUGACCAAAAUGAGUUUUUAGCUGUUGUUUUGACUACAUUGAGCUCUAAAAUUGCAGCGAAAUCUUUAAAAAUGGCACAGGUUGCUGUAGAUGCUCUUGAGUUUGCUAAAAAGGAGGAUAUCCAAAUUAUUAAAAAGGCAGGUGGAAGUAUUGACGAUAUUGAGCUUAUCAAUGGUGUUCUUAUCGAUAAAAACGUUGAAGUUAAGAGUGGUGCGGCCAAGGCUCUGAUCCUUCAGUUUUGUAUUUCAGCACCCAGAACCAAUCUUGACUCGAAAAUUAUUAUUAACGACUAUUCACUUAUGGAGAAAUUUGUCAGAGAGGAGAGAGAGUAUGUGUUGAACAUUAUUAAAAGGAUCAAAAAUACAGGUGCAACCUUAUUAAUUAUACAGAAAAACAUUGUGAGAGAAUCUUGUUCCGAUCUUGCUCUUUACUUUUUAAACAAAAUUGGUAUUUCAGUUAUCAAUAAUGUUGAUAGGAAAGAUGUCGAGUAUAUUAGCAAAUUCUUGGGAAUUGCACCUGUCACAGAUAUAGAUUUACUCGGUGUGCCCAUUGACGUUGAAAUUGAGAAGAUCCACAACAUGGUAUGUUUUAAGAAUGUUGGGUAUACGAUUUUUGUUAGUGGAUGUGACAAUUUAGUGUUAGAUGAAGCUGAAAGGUCCCUCAAUGAUGCUCUUUGUGUGGUUAAGUGUUUAAAGGAUGAACCAUAUAUUGUUGCAGGCGGUGGUGCAAUUGAAACUGGCAUUUCUAAUCUUCUUGAUCAAUAUACAGGGCCUCAUAGCCUUCUCAUUAAGGAAAUUGCAUCUGGAUUUCUUGGAAUGCCUCAUUUACUGGCUCAUAACGCAGGCCUUUAUUCAACAGAAAUAAUCUCGAAUUUGAAGAAGAAUAUUGGAAUUAACAGGCAUUUGGGAAUCAGUCUUAGAACAGAAUUUAUUGCAGAUAUGGUAAAUGAUGAUGAUGUGGUGCAGCCUGCUGCCGUGUCUAAAAGUAUGAUAACGCUUGCGAUCGAGACUGUUCAGAUGCUUGCAAAGAUAGAUGAUAUUCUUCCAGCAAUGCACUAA